CUCGCGCGACAUGAAGCAGCACGUCGAACACCUGCGACGCGUCUUCGAAAUUCUUCGACGGGAACGGUUUUACGUCAAACUGUCCAAGAGCGAAUUCGCCCUUGAAAAGGUCCAGUUCCUAGGACACAUGGUGAGCGCUCGAGGAGUUCACGUCGACCCCAAGAAAAUCGAGGCCGUACGCACGUGGAAAACGCCCGAGAACGUGAAGGAGUUGCAGCAGUUCCUAGGCUUCGCCAAUUACUACAACAGGUUCGUGCCACAGUAUGCGAAACUCGCGGCACCACUCACGAAUCUGCUGAAGAAGAACACGCCCUACAAAUGGGAGACGAAGCACCAGGAAGCCAUGGAGCAGCUGAAACAAGCACUGACAUCCGCACCGGUGCUCAUCUUGCCAGAUCCCGAACGUGACUACGUCAUUGAAACAGACGCCAGUGAUCAGGCCGUGGGAGCAGUCUUGAUGCAAGACCAGGGGAAUGGACUUCAACCAAUUGCCUACCUCAGCAAGAAACUGCACGGGGCAGAACUCAACUACCCGAUACACGACAAAGAGGCCCUUGCUAUUGUCAUCGCCUUCAAAGCAUGGAGAUGUUAUCUCGAAGGACGUCAAACAACAGUCUACACCGACCACUGCAGUCUGAAAUAUCUGAAGACACAACCAACCCUUUCCAGGCGGCAGGUCCGGUGGAUUGACUUCCUCGAGACACACUUCCACUACGACAUCGUGUACAAGCCCGGCCACAAAAACAAAGCAGACGCCCUCAGCCGGCCUGCGCACCGGUCAUGACGCCAUCCUUGUCGUCAUUGACAAGUUC